CUUUACUGUUCCAAUACUUAUGAAGAGCACUGUAUAUAUAGAUUCAAGAGAUUCAGCACUCAGUAGACAAAGACAAGUGGGGAAAAAUUAUUAAAAUAAAUAAUCAUAAUAUUUCAGUCUGCUUAAUAACAGUGCUGAAUAAAAUGGGGGGAAAUCUUGCUUUCAAAAUACUUGAGGUCAGUAGAUGAGAGAAUUUAAAUUUACACUUAAACAGCUUCAUCAGAUUAUUUCCAUUUGAUACAUAACUAAACCUAUUAUUCAUAAAGGGAUACUUUACUAAAAAAUGAGAAAUUGAACUGAAAAUGUGGUCUGUUAUGUCUGUUAUGAUUUUGAGCUGAAACUGUGGUCCUUGGUGAUCCAUAAAAUGCAAUAGCUACCACCACUUAAAAAAAAAUUGCACAGACUGAUUUUUUUUUUUUUUUUUGCUUCAUUAGACUUUAUAAGACAAUUUGCAACUUUCCUUUGAGAAAUGUUCUUCAAACUGGAUGAUUAUUGGUCUGGGUUUCAUGUUGGUAGCGAUAUUGUUCAUGCCUAAACAAUAUACUGUAUCUACUGACCCCCAAAGCUUCACUGAUUACAGUGAAACCACCAAAAUGUACUCAUCAAAUGAAAAACUCAGUCAAACUGGUUUGAAGUGGGCUCAGAGGUUUGCAGUGGAUGUGACUCUGGAUCCUGAUAUAGCCAAUCCAUAUCUCAUCCUGUCUGAUGAUGGAAAACAAGUCAGUGAUGGAGACAUAAAGCAGGACGUCCCAGAAACCCCAAAGAGAUUUGAUAAAACUAUUUCUGUUCUGGCAAAGCAGGGAUUCAGUUCAGGCAGAUUUUACUAUGAGGUGCAGGUGAAGGGAAAGACUGAGUGGGAUUUAGGAGUGGCCAGAGAAUCCAUUAACAGGAAGGGGACGUUCACAUAUACUCCUGAAGAUGGAAUCUGGAUUGUGGUUCUGAGGAAUGAGAAUCAGUAUACAGCUGGUGAUAAUCCACCUGUCUCUUUAUCUCUGAGAAAGAAACCUGAGAUUGUGGGAGUGUUUGUGGAUUAUGAGAAGGGUCUGGUCUCUUUUUAUGAUGUGGGCUCCAGAUCUCAUAUCUACUCUUACACUGGUCACACUUUCACUGACAAACUCUAUCCAUAUUUUAACCCAGGCCUUAAUGAAGGAGGUAAAAACUCAAAACCACUGAUCAUUUCACCUGUCACUUAAAAUGA